AUGUUCGUAGGUAUAUUAGUAAAUGCCAGCGAACAAGAAAGACUCGACGAUGGGGAUGAAGAUUUAGCAAGUUCGUUUAGAAAUGAAUUGCCAACAUUCGAUCUUAUGACAAAGGACACCGACGCUAAGAAAGAUUUUGAGAGAUACCGCUUUUUGGACAUUGCAGAGCCAUUAAUGCCCCAAAUUAUGAGCGCACAUUGGACUAAGGAUUUUUACUUGGACCAAGUUCAUCGCCCACGUCAUUGCUCCAAAGGUGCUAGAGUUUACCCUAACUCAAUAGUGGAUAUCCUUUGUUCAAGAGUUCCUUGGUGGGCAAUUUUAAUAUACUCUCCUAUUGGAAUUGCAUCAUUCAUCGUUGGGAAAAGAUCAUUAGCUGAAUUAGGUGCGCUGAACGAUAUUUACAAGUGGCUUUUAAUAGGUUGUUUAUUUUGGACUUUUGCUGAGUAUAUUCUUCACAGAUUUAUCUUCCAUAUGGAUAGAUAUUUGCCUGAUUACAAUCAAACAUUGUUUGCUUUGCAUUUCGCAAUACACGGAGUCCAUCAUUUCUUACCUAUGGACCCUGAAAGAAUCGCUGCACCUCCACCAAUGGUUUUACUUUUAAACUUCCUCUUAUGGUAUGUCUCAUAUGCGACAAUGGGCCCAGCCUAUGGGAAUAUUUUCUACGCUGGUGGUUUUGCAAGCUUCUUAUGGUAUGAAGAAUUCCACAUCUCGUUGCAUACUAAUCCUGAAUUUUACCAAUUUUGGACAGGCUGGUGGUCACAUCAUACUGAAAUGAAGAGGUAUCAUUUACAACAUCAUUAUAAAAACUACGACUGGGGUUACGGUGUGACUUCAAAGCUCUGGGAUUUUCCAUUCGGAACUGUAUUAGACUCUGCAGAUGCAAAUCAAGUUCAUUCUAAAUAG